AUGAAGAGAACGAGAGAAGAGGUUGUUGGUGUAGACAUGGAUAAAGUUCUUAUGCUGCUAUCAUAUAGGUUAGAAACCAAGUUCAAAAGAUGUUCGUCUUCCCCAAAUGAUGUAUUCGAGUGCAAAACUUGCAACCGGAAAUUCCCAUCGUUCCAAGCUCUUGGUGGCCACAGAGCAAGCCACAAGCCAAGGUCGACGGUAAUGGACACCGAUCAAGACCCGAAAAGUGAGACCAAAUUGAUGCAAAGCAAGCUGAAAAAGCACGAGUGCUCCAUAUGUGGGCUGGUGUUCAGUUCAGGACAAGCUUUGGGGGGUCAUAUGAGAAGGCAUAGCAUAGUGAAUUCUCGGUUUUCUGCUACCAUUCCGGCUAGCAGUGCUUCAAAGAUGAAGACUCCGGUACUAAUGAGGUCGAAUAGUAAGAGGGUAAUGCGUUUGGACAUGGACCUGAACUUGACGCCUUUAGAGAAUGACUUGAAGCUGUUGUUUGGGAAUAUGGCUCCAAAAGUUGAUACUUUGUUUUCAUAG